AUGAUAUUGUUUUACCGAAACUGCCAUAUCUUUCACGUCUUUUUUUUCCUUUUCCUACUCUUCUUUCCCUUCUUUGUGCGUUUGUUUCUUUUUUCUUUCUUUCUUUUUCUUUGUUUGUUUCUUUCUAUCUUUUACUUUAUUUCUUUUUCCUUCUUUCUUCUUUCUUUCUUUCUUCUUUCUUUCUUUCUUUCUUUCUUUCUUUCUUCCUUUCUUUCUUCGUUUCGUUUCUUUCUUUAUUUAUUUUCCUUUUUUCUUUUACCCUUUCUUUCUUUCUUUCUUUCUUUUAAUUUCUUUUUUCUUUCUGUCUUUCUUUGUUUCUUACUUUCAUUUUCUUUCUUUCAUUUUCUUUCUUUUUUUCUUUCUUUUACUCUUUCUUUCUUUUUUUCUUUCUUUCUUUUUUCUUCUUUUCCAUUUUCUUUCUUUUUUCAUUUCAAUAAUAUUGCUUUAACGAAACUCUCAUCUUUCCCGCCUGUUUGUUCUCUGUUUCUACUCCUCUUUCUUUCUUUCUUUCUUUCUUUCUUUCUUUCUUUCUUUCUUUCUUUCUUUCUUUCUUUCUUCUUCCCUUCCAUCCAUCCCUUUCAGUAUCAUUUCAUUGUUUCUUUCUUUUCCUUCACCGUUCCUUUCUACGCCGUUCCUUCUUUUUCUUUACACCUCCCUCUUCGAUGUGCUCUACCUUCUUCUUUUACAUCAAUCGUCUUCCUCCACACUUUCUCUUUUUCUCUUUUUCUCUCGAUACGGAUUUCAAUUCAUUCUCUUUUCUGCCAAUUUCACUUUUUCUUUACUUCCUACUGUCUUCGUCUUCCUUCCUGCCCUUCCUGUCACUUUCUGUUUUUACAUAAUCUAUUUUUCUUCCUCUCAAUUCUGGCACAUUUCCGGUCUGAAAUUUUUUUUUUCGAUUUUCAUUUCUGUGUCCGCCUUUCCUUCGUUUCUAUUUUCUUUCUUCUUUCCCUUACUUAUCUAUGUCCUUUCUUUUUAUUACAAUUUUAUAUUUCUUUUAUUCAAUUUCAUUUUCUAUUUCCUUCUUUCCUACUUUCGUUCUUCUGUUUUUUCAUCCAUCCUUCCUGUCUCCAUCUUGUCUUUUUUAAUACAACAUUGAGUUUAUUUCCUUUCUUCUCCCUUCCUAUUUUCUUUUUUCUUUCUGUCAUAUUGACUGCUAAUACAUCUUUCAUUUGUUCGAAGUCUUUUACUAUUUCCCGCCUUUCUAUAUCUUAA